CCUAUCUAUAGCAAGCUACCUAUGUCUUAUCGAUAACUUGCCCCGCCAAAAUUUGAUCUCGAAUUUUUGUAUUGGCUAUCGUCUUGGGUAGAUUUGCAGACACCUUCAACAGUCCCUCGUCACCCAGCUUCUAUCUGGGCCUGGUUGGAAUUCCACCCUCGCAUUCCGCCAAGCUUCGACGAGCAAAGUCGCCCGGAGCCGGCCAUGUCGUCGAUGAUCACUACGUCCGCCUGGGUACCGCGAGGCUUUGCAGCGCCCUUCCCCGCAAAAUACAACAUUGACGAAGCCGAGUUCGACAGGAUAGCCAAUCUAGCCAAGCUGAAGCUCGACGACGCGAACGAAGACUUGAGAGGAGCGCGAGAAGAGCAAGAAGAUAGCGACGACGUCAGCGAUGACGACGGCAAAGAGAGUUCGGCCGAGAAAGGCACCGGAAACGGGGAAGAGAAAGCCCCAGCGCCGGAUGAUGAAGAGGCCGAAGACAUUGACAUAAACGACGACGACCUCAAGGAGUACGACCUGGAACAUUAUGACGACGACGACGACGACGACGCCGAGGGCCAGAGCAUGGACAUGUUCGGGGUCAAAUCUCUAACGUACUACGCAUCCAACAAAGAGGACCCGUACAUCACGAUACCCGACGGCGAAGAUGACGAGGACGACGACAGGGAAGAGCUGCAGAUCCUGGCCACGGACAACCUCCUGCUGGCCGCCAAGGUGGAGGACGAGCUCGCGCACCUCGAGGUCUACGUCUACGAGGAUGAAGCCGACAAUCUUUACGUGCACCACGAUAUCCUGCUUCCGGCGAUACCCCUCUGCGUCGAGUGGCUAGACAUACCUGUUUCGAAACCCAGCGUGGCGCAAGACUCGAGGGCAAAUUUCGUCGCGAUAGGCACGAUGGACCCGGACAUCGAGGUCUGGGACUUGGACACGGUGGACUGCAUGUAUCCGAACGCGAUCCUGGGCCAAGGGGCUAACUCCGAGGAAGAGGGGAAGAAGAAGAAGAAGAAGAAGAAAAAGAAGCAGAAGAAGGCGAACGACGAGUAUCAUGUCGACGCCGUCUUAUCCCUCGCCGCCAACAGGAAUCACCGGAAUCUCUUGGCCUCGGCAUCUGCGGACAAGACGGUGAAACUCUGGGACCUGCAUACCGCUAAGUGCGCCAAGUCGUACUCAUAUCACACGGACAAGGUCUGCUCGCUGGCGUGGCACUCGGUCGAGUCGACGGUGCUGUUGAGCGGCAGUUACGACCGGACGAUCGCGGCCGCGGACAUGCGAGCGCCCGACGCGAAGCCGCGGCGGUGGGGGGUGGAGAGCGACGUUGAGAACGUGCAGUGGGACCCGCACGACGCCAACUACUUCUUCGCGUCGACGGAGAACGGGAUCGUGCACUACCACGACGUGCGGAACGCGCCGGCGAGCCCGUCGGCGUCGCGGCCGGUAUGGACGCUGCAGGCGCACGACGAGUCGCUGUCAGCCUUCGACGUCAACGCGCACAUACCGGGGUUCAUGGCGACGGGGUCGACGGACAAGACGGUCAAGCUCUGGAACCUGCAGCCGACGGGGCCGGCGAUGGUGGUGGCGCGCAACCUCGACGUCGGCCGCGUGUUCGCCGCCAACUUCGCGCCCGACGCCGAGGUCGCGUUCCGGCUCGCCGUCGCCGGCAGCAAGGGCACGAUGCACAUCUGGGACACGAGCACCAACGCCGCGGUGCGCCAGGCGUUCGCGCACAAGAUCGCGGGCUCGAGCGCCGCCGACGACACGGUCGAGGAGAGGCUGAUCGGUGUCAAGGCGGACGAGCGCUCCUCAGACGGCGAAGAUGACGGCGACGCCGAGUCCAUGGACGAAGACUAGGUGCGCCAGUAGAAGCGACGCAAUGUGUGAGGGGAGCUGUGCGUACCACAGUUGUCGCACAGCUUGCCGCAUUCUACGUUCUGAUUCAAAUCACCGAGCCAGCUCAGCUCGGGACGCAGCUACGUGUCGGUUACGGGGUCUAGAAUAUCUUUCUGGCCUCGAGGGUUUCGGAUGAAUGAACAAGCGAAUGGGUAACCGAGUAUUGCGGAAAGUGGUGGUGGGAUCUG